AUGUCUGACGAUAUUGUUAUCAAUGGCCGGUCUGUGGCCAGCUCAGAUUUGCAGCCAGACGCCUCAAGCUCGGACUAUAUUUUGGUUCGCACCACCGGCGCCCCCUUGAACAAGGCCCAGAAAACAGAACUGAAAGGCCUGGGCGUCGAAAUCCAGGAGUUCGUUGGGAAUGAAGAUGACCAAUUGUAUCUCUGCGGAUUUAAGCCCAAGUCUCUGGACACAGUCCGUAACUUGGACUAUAUCAGCUACGCCAAUAUCUACUCUCCCACGUUUGUGGUCCCGGAUGUCUUGCAGUCUAGCGCUGCCACCCCGGCUCUGCGAACCAACGAACAGAGUGACGGCACCGUCGAAGUGGAUGUCCUCCUGCACCACGAUAUAAAGGAGGCAUCCGAAGAGAUUGUGAGCAAGAUUGCAGAGGCCGGUAACGUGCAGGCGUCGGCCAUUUCGGUCGAGCCAGGCUUUGUCCGAGUGAAAGUUGACCCAGAAAAACUGGACAAGAUCGCUGCUGUCGACGAGGUGCGAGUCCUCCACCCAGUCAAGGAACGCCGGCUGUUCAACAACGUUGCUCGCGGUAUCUUACACUUGAAUCGGCAAGGUAGCAACAGUGCAGUUUAUACGGGGAAAGACCAGAUUGUAUGUGUGGCAGACACGGGUUUUGACAAGGGUAGCCUGACGGACGUGCACGACGCCUUCGUCGGCCGGGUCAGAAAGCUCAACCCUUGGGGUCGAGAGAGUCUUUCAGAUGAUCCUGAUGGCCAUGGAACCCAUGUGUGCGGCUCUGUCCUCGGCAGCGGUCAACAUAGCUCUCAAGGUUUGAUUCAAGGUGCUGCCCCGGGGGCGACUUUGAUAUUGCAGUCGACGUUCAGCAAAUUCGAUGAGGACCAUCGAUCUGAACUCGGGGGCAUCCCUAACGACAUCAGCCAACUGUUCAACGAAGGGUAUCUAGCCGGUGCGAGAAUCCACACAAACUCCUGGGGUACUCCUUUGCCAAACUCAGGGGUGCAAAACCCUUACGAUGGAGGCGCUGAGAGUAUCGACAAAUUCGUUUUCGAGCAUCAGGACAUGACGAUCCUUUUCGCCGCAGGCAAUGACGGACAAGACAGAGACCUUGACGGUAAGGUCAGCGUGCGAUCGCUGGGUGCAGAGGCUGCAGCCAAAAACUGUAUCACGGUUGGUGCCUCAGAAAACAAUCGCCCAACCCUUCAGUCGGGCGAAGAAGGCCGUGCAUAUACAUAUGGCAGCUUCUGGCCUCAGAAGUUCUCCAAGAAUCCUCUCAAAGAUGACCAUCAAGCCAACAACCCGGAGGGUCUCGCCGCCUUCAGUAGUCGGGGGCCAACGGCGGAAAACAGGCUCAAACCAGACCUUGUCGCGCCCGGCACAGCCAUCCUUUCGACGCGCUCCAGGAACCAGAAGUAUGACGACGAAGUCAAGAUCAUGGGACUGUCUGGCGAUGACAGGUACAUGUAUCUGUCAGGCACGAGCAUGGCCACUCCACUGGUCGCGGGUUGUUGUGCCGUUCUUCGCGAGACCUUAUUGGCAAACGGUUAUCAAGACGAGCGGCAGGAUGGAGUCAAGAAUCCCACGGGCUCGUUGAUCAAGGCUCUCCUUAUCAACGGCGCCGUUCCCAUCCAAGGACAAUACAUGCCGCGCGAGGUCGGCGACGAACCCAACCCGCACUCCGGCUUCGGACGCGUCGACGUUGAAACCUCGGUGGUAGACCCUGGCGACUCCGGGUACGAGAUCGGGGCUAUCGAGGAAGACGAAGAGCCAGUCAAGUUCACCAUCGCCGUGCCCCAGACAGGCCUAAGUCUGAAAAUCACUAUGACAUACGCUGACGUUGCUGGAGCGGCGCUCUCCAACAACCUGAACCUCGUGGUCGUGGCGGGCGGCAAGGAGCGUCACGGCAACCAGCUAGAUCGAGAGUUUGACGUUGGCACCACUACUGCCACGACGUUUGACCGCCGCAAUAACGUCGAGCAGAUCAUCUGGCCCCAGAUCCCGGGUGGUGGCGGCGGCGAGGUCGACAUUGUCGUCAAGCCUUUCCGCAUGGUCAGUGAUCGCGUGCCGUUUGCGGUGGCUUGGAGGUUCUAUUAG